GUUCUCAUUCUCUUCUAAAUUGAAAUCCUAAUGUAAAUAUAUUAUUAUUAUUCCUCGGUUGUUUCUUAUUCGCCCAAAACCAAACUUCUUUCCUGCAUUUUGGAAGAUAUGAUCUCAAGACUUCAUCUGGAAGAGAAAAAAAAAAAAAGUCCCCUACUUCAACCCUAGAUUAUUGUCUUCUAAAUUUUAAGAAUUUCCCAAUUUCAAGACUUGCAUGUAAAAUGCAUUGCAAACCAUUAACAAGCCAAUACUGAAGGGGAAUUUCUUUCAAAAAACUAAGGACUAUUGCACGAGGUUUGCCUAAGUCAAUCCCUAGCCCUGAAGGAAAGCAACGAUGAGUCCCCUCAACUUAAAAUACACGGCCACAAAAAGGCCAUGUUACGAUGAUUCCAAAUGAUAGAGGAUGCCCCUCGCCUUAUAAAACAACAGAUUUGAAGUAAGCAAAAUUGGAAAAGAAGCUCAAAGAAAUUGUUUUUACUGUUUCCUUCGUGGCCUUCGAAGAAACGUUCAAGAUCAUGAUUCAUGAUUCAAUCACCACAAGAAAGUCACAGUUUUGAAUAACAGCAGUACCAGGGAUUUUAAUACUACUACUAAACAAAAUCCUGGUGAGGGUAGUUCCGUUGAUUUGGUCCCAGCCGAAACCUUCUCUCUCUCCUUCUCUGCCAAUAGGUAAAACAAGACAAUUUCUGUGAAGGAGCAAUCCAACACCCUUCUGUUUAAAAUUCUUUGGAAAAAGAAAAAAAAAAUCUUUGUAAAGGUUCAGUGUUACCGUUGCCGUUAUUGACUUGCUUUUUUCCUGUUCUUUCCUAUAAAAAACUCAGAGCAUAACAACAUUUUUGCUCAUUCAUUAUGCUUUCUCAUUGCCUUUUUCCUCAACCAAAAAGCUUCUUUGUUGCUUUCACCUAAAGGGUCAGGAUUUUCUGCUUUUCUCUCAUUGAAUGCAGCUUUUGAUCACCCAAACAACAAUACAGUGCAGAUAGCUUAUGAUCAUGUCGUUUUUACCCGCACGAAAAGGGAGACACAGACAACGGUACGAGGAUCAUCUGAGGCUUGUUGCUGGGUGAAUACGGUGUCUAUGUCUUUGAGAAUUAGUGGCAAGCAUCAUUGUUUUUCUGAGACCUGAAUGCUUCUUUCAAACAGAAAGGAGAGCAAAAUAACAAUAAGAAGUGACAAAUUACUGUGGUUAAGGUGAUCGUGGUUUUGCUUUUAUGUCAAUUUUCUCUGAUAAGCACCAAAACAGAGAUGGACCUUUGCCUUGACUUUCUGUGGACCCUGUUAUUGUCUUGAUAGUUAAUUUCUCCACAUCCAUUUUCUCUACAAGGACAUAAACAAAAAAAUAAAAAUAAUAAUUAUAAGGAUACCAGUGGUCAUGUUUUUAAACAUAAAAGAUAAGAUUAAAAAUGAAGAAUGGACACAAUAAAGAUUGUAUUCUUGGAAUAAAUUAGAGUCAUUGAUCACUUGAAAAUUUCUUUCGAAGUGGGUAAUAUUGCUCUUGUUGCUUACUUUUCCAUAUCAACUUUCUUAAUUUUUAGUGUUGCUGUUUGGAACCAUAGCUGAUAACAAGCACCCUUGUUUAUAAGUUAGUGCAAAGUAUCAUGAAGAGAUUGACUUAUUGGAAUCUUAAGAAAUGGUGUAAUGUCAGCUGUUACUUAACAUACUACUUUUUAUAGAUGCAUGAAUUCUUACAUGAACAGCUACAAACCUGCUUUGUUCUAUGCGGUUUUUUCUACUCACGGUUGCUCUUUCUGGUGCAACUAGGUGUAUUCCGUACAGACUCGAGAACGAUGUUGAGGAGAGAAACGGCAAUGCUACGAGCAGGAUUACUGUUCUCAUGAUAUCCACGCCUAAUCGUGAUGAUCUUGUGUUCCCUAAGGGUGGAUGGGAAGAUGAUGAGACUGUUCAUGAAGCAGCAUGUCGUGAGGCCCUGGAGGAAGCCGGAGUCAAAGGAAUACUUGAUGAGGAUCCACUGGGAGUCUGGGAAUUUAGAAGCAAGAGCAGACAGAACAGCUGCAACAUUGAAGGUGGUUGUAGAGGAUAUCUGUUUGCCUUGGAGGUGACUGAAGAACUUGACUUAUGGGCAGAGCAGACUAUUUACCAGAAGAAAUGGCUUUCCCCAGAAGAAGCGUAUAAAUUUUGCCGCUAUGAUUGGAUGAGAGAUGCUCUUCGAGUACUGUUGACAGCCAUCGAGAAAGACAGGAAGAAUGGGAGGUCAGAAAAGUUGGUGGAGUUGCCUAUGUACCCAGCGUCGGAUGCCCUGGCAGAGCAUCAGAUGUUAUCAGCUGGUUGCUCUGGAAAACCAUCCAGCGUGCAGCACCUUGAAGAGUCAUUUACUAGUAAGUGUAUUGUGAAGGGUUAAUGAGUUAGCUGUUUGCCAUCAUUAACUGUUGAAUACUGGGUCACACUCAAUCUUCUUAUCUCUUCUAGCUUUUACAAUUUCUGUAAAAAUAUGGCAAAUGUGGAGAAAAGAAUAAACUGAACGUCUUUGUUAAU